UACUCGUGUUUAUUUGUCUUAUAACCUUCCAUCAUAGAUGGUUGUUUGAGUGACGGCCUCAUACGAAUAAAUCAAGGGCAUAAUUUAGAAUGUAAAUAGGUCAUCAUGAGUACAGAAACAACAGAAGAACCACAGAUCUCUCGUGAAAACUUGAUUGAAGAGGCAGCCAAAUUUCUCAUGAACCCAAAAGUUGCUCAGCAUGCAGAUGAGCAAAAGUCAGCAUUCCUUCGGAAAAAGGGCCUCACUGAAGAUGAAAUUCAGGUCGCAUUUGCCAAAGCAAAAGCCAACAUGCCUGCUGUUGCUUCAACAGCUGGACAAGUAGCUCAAUAUGUUGCUCCAGUAGGACCACCUGUUCCAUCUUAUCAUCCUUUGUCACCACCUCCAACUAUGUGGAUCAGAGUCAGGGAUAUUUGUAAUUUUGUACUCAUUAUUACAGGUGCAUCAUAUGGUGCAUAUCAUAUAUAUAAGAAUUACAUAGGUCCACUUUUGACGGGCAGGAAGCAGAAGUCUGUUGAAGAAAGCAUGAUUGAGCUACAACAGUCUGUAGUGUGUGUUUUGAAAGAAGUACAGACAACACUUUCCUCUCUUGAAAAAACACUGAGCAUUCAGAGUGCUCGCAUUCAGGCACUUAGUGAUAAAGAAGAUAAAAAUCAUCCAUCCCUUCACCAACUGGAGGAAAUUAAAACUGAAAUUACAUCACUAAAAGGACUUCUUAUUAACAGGCGUACAUUUCCAUCCACCCCAAGCAUGUCACCAUCCAUCCCAUCAUGGCAACUCAGCAAGACAGCGGAGAAGGCCGUGGAAAACACUGCUAUCACUUCUUCCACUUUGCCCACCCAGCAGGAUGAAACCGUAAAGCUUGAAGAAGUUGAGACUUCUGCAGAUAAAGUAGACAGUGAACUGGUUUCAGAUGGUGGAAGUGGCGAGUCUGGCGUUGAUGUAAUCGAUGCUAAUGAAGAGGAUAGUCCCCCAUCUUCUGCAAGAGAAAAUAUGCUGAGCGUUGGCGAGAGCUUUUCCCUGGCAGAAUCACUGGGAGAUUCCUCAGAUGAGUUGUCUCCGUGAUCAUUGGUCAUGAUAUCUAAAAUGGCUUUGCUGCUUGGAUCCAGUUUCUUGUGAUCAUAGUUUAGAUGCUCAAUACUCUAUUGGAUUUCAGAAAUUUAUUUUGUUAGGUCUAGAAUUUUAUAUAUGUAUAUGCCAUAUGCAGCAUACUUCAAUAUAUACAAAAUGUUUGUUUCACUUGGUUGAGGCUGAUUUUGUAAUUUAUGAUUUAUUGUUUUAGUGUACAAAAAGAGUUAUGAAAAGAUGAUCAUGAAAAUCUGCGUAUUCUAAAAUUGAUUCAGGUAUUAAGUAUAGAAACAUUCCCCACCUCAUGUUUUCAGUUAUGAGUAGAGCACAUCUACUGGUACAUAAUUUUAUAAAAACAAUGAGUUGCUCAGUAAUGAUGAAUAUUGUUGUAAGUUUAUUAAUAUGUUGUUGAUUAGUUGUGUAAUGUUUGGUGAAGAAUUAUUUUCUAGAGAUAUCAGUCAUGGGUUAUAUUUUUUUUUUCAUGCUCUCUUACUUUACGCACAAGAACACACACACAGUGUUUUCAGUUGUUUAGUUAUUAUACUUUUGAUGGGUCUCUUUAUACAUAUAUGUAAUUGAAAGAGUUAUCUUUUAUAUUGGACUUCAGAUAUCCAGAUUUUCAGUGAAAGUUUGGCAGAAAGAUUAUAUAUUUUGCUGUUGUCUGUGCAAAUAAAAAUGUUUUUUUUUUUCUUAGUAUGUGACAAGACUGCUAACCAGUUUGUUAUUCUAUUCUAAGCAUUUCUUCAAUUUUCCCUCAUAUACAUAUAUGUAUACAUAUUUAUAUAUAAGUAUUAUCAAAACAAUGUCUGAUAGUGUUUUUGGGAUCUUUUAAAUUAAUUGCUGUAAUCUACUUAUAUAUCAUGAUGGAGAAGCUUAAAAAUUUUCACCAAGAUUUAUUUUAUUGCAUGAUGUUAAAUUUACUCAGCUCAUUUGGUAGAUUUUGCUGUAAUCUACUUAUAUAUCGUGAGGAAAAAGCUUAAACAUUUUCACUGAGAUUUUAUUGCAUGAUGUUAAUUCACUUAGGUCAUUUGGUAGAUUUUUGCACAAGAUAAGUCCAUAAAGAUGAACUACUGUACUUUUUGUUUAUAACUGAGUUGCAAAGUGUGAGGACCACAGUGUUUAGUUUUAAAGAGUAAGGGGCAUUGCUUAUAGCAUAAUAAUGUGCAAUGUAAAUAGUGGCAAGCUGAAUAAGGUUUAGAAAAUCAGAGAGAUUGAAAUUCCAUACAAAAGAAAAUUGGGAGUCAUGCGGCAGGACAGAGUAUGUAUAUAGAUGGGUAAUGCUGAAGAAGAGAUGGAGAUCAUUUGGACAUGUCCUUUGCACCUCCUCGGAGAGUUUUAUAUAACUAUGUUAGAGCUGAAGAGUGGAAAGAUCCAGACCCACUUGACCUAUAACUAUGAGACAGAAGAAUGGAAAUUAGAGGAUCUGUGUGAAAGUUAAAGCACUAGGAAGAUAGUGGUGGAAUUUCAUUGAGGCCCUUUGAGUCUUACAAUAGUGGAGACGACAAUGAGUAUACGGUAGUUUCCCCUCAGAAAAAAAUAGUAUUAUUAGUGUUAUGAGUGUAGCAGCUGCUCUCAUAUAAUCUUAUUCUUAUGGAACUAGCUAGAAGGCCAUGAAUUUGUGUUGUCUCAAAGAAUAGUGCCUAUAUACUAACAAACGGGAAAAAAUGGGCAAAGGAGGAGUAAAACUGAUUGCAGUAUAUUUUAUUGAUGAGUAACAAUAAAUUUAAACUUGGAAAAUUAUAAGAAAGUUGGAUUCUAUAGAUUCUUUUCAGGCAAGGGCAUUCAAAAUGCUAGGCUGUGAAAGGCUAUGUUCCUGAUGCUGUGGUACUUUAUAAGGUGUAACUACAUUGGAGAUGGUGUAAGGUAACUGAAUAAGUUUACUUUAGAUGGCUCAAAAGCACACCACUAAUAAUAACAGAGCAGUACUCUAGUCAGUAAAUAAAAACCUUGAAUAGAUGGGAGAUGGGUCCCCCUGAAAUAUCCCUCUAUUUAGAACAGUGUUCAUUUUAUAUUUUUAGCAGUGAUGGUUAUCACUUAAUGAGAACCAUAUGGAAAGCCUGUGUAGAAACAAGGUUUACUUCAUUAAUAGAGUGAGUUUCAACUUAAAACUGCUUUGAAUUUGUUUAGUAUUCAACUUAAAACUGCUUUGAAAUUCUUUAGCAUUCCAAGAGCUAUAAAAAAUUAGUUUAAAUAUGUGUCAACCUCAGGAGUAAGCAUUGCUGAAGAAUUUUUUAUAUCCAGAUAUGCAAAUGGCCUACCUCCAGUAAAUUUCAUACUUUGCAUUCAACUGUAGGCCUUAUGUACUGUACGUAUUAUUAAAUAUCCAUACAA